UGCACGCUCCAGUUGUUUCCGAUGCAUCCUAAGCUGCACACUGGACUCAAAAUGAAGUCUUUGCCAGUUGUGGUAAUUGCUGCGAUCCUUGCUGUUUCCAUUGUGGAUGCGUUCAUUGAGAAUUCGUUUGAACAAAUUAUGGGGUGUAAGCAGUACAACAGUGGAGCAAAGUAUCAUGGUGCAGUCAAAUACUUUUCCACGGCAAGCAUGCGGCACGUCGGUAGUACAGGCCGCUCCAAGUUCUUCAAGUUCGCAAUAUUUGGCCCUAGCGAUGGACUCGUUCGUUAUGGUAAAACGGUAUAUCCUUACGAUAGCGAUGGCAUUGAGAUUGUGCUAGGUGGAUGGAAAAACACUAAGAGUGCUGGACGACGACAGCGCCGAACGGCAACGCACCAAAACGUUAACACACUGCUCGCCGAGGCUCCAACGCCAUAUCUGAUGUCCCAGUACGGUCCAAUAAUGUUUGUGCUGGAGGUGUUCGACGAUGGUCAAGUGAAAGUACGUAGGUAUGGUCAAUCAACACCUUUCCUAUCGUUUAACGACACGAACCGUACACCUGUUGACUACAUGGCGUUUGCCAAGGGUGAUCAAGAUUUGAUUUUCUUUUACGAUUGCCCGUUGGGGAAUCCCAACCGAGUGGAUGCCCUAAAAUAAUGUCAAACGACAACAAUAAAAAAUUCGCACUUUGCUACAACAGUGA